CUCUACUCAACUUCACUCCCUUUUCUUCUCAUUUACCAAUUUUUCUUCCAAUAACUCUAAUUUUACAUAAAGCCUCCAUAAUCUUAGGCCCCAUCCAUUCAAAAAUUUCAGUUUUUUUUACAAAUUUUGAAUGAUUUUAGCUUCUGGGUAUUUCAAUAGGUUCCUAUUUUGGAAAUUCUAGUUUUAUAGAAUUUGGACAAUUUUCUUGAUUUCAGUCUUCAAAAUUUGAGUGGGGGGGCUAAUAUUCUGAUUAUAAAAAGUUGAAGUUUUAGAGGAAAAUGGUUAUGUUGUACAAUGGGUGCAAUCUGUGGAAAUUGUACUUAAUACUUUGCAAAAAAUCAAGUGUUUAUAAAAGCUUUUAUUUUUGGAUUUUUCAGAUUUUCAAUAGCUUUACCCUUGAUACUUAACCAUCAAGAAUUGCUCUGUUUUAUUCUAACUUUCCCCUGUUUUUUUCUGUUUCUUUAGUAAUAAUUUUAAAGAAGAUAAAAAUAGUUAGUUUGAGAUAAAUGGGAGGGACUUCACUGCCACCGGGUUUUCGUUUUCAUCCGACUGAUGAGGAGUUAGUUGGAUAUUACCUUCAUCGAAAAGUUCAGGGGCUCGAAAUCGAGCUUGAAGUAAUUCCUGUAAUCGAUUUGUACAAAUUUGAUCCUUGGGAGCUGCCAGAGAAAUCAUUCCUUCCGAUACGAGAUAAAGAAUGGUUCUUCUUCUGCGCACGGGAUAGAAAAUAUCCGAAUGGAUCAAGAACAAAUAGAGCCACGAAAGCUGGCUAUUGGAAGGCGACUGGGAAGGACCGGAAAGUCGUCUGUCAAUCUUCUUUAACUGGCUAUAGAAAGACCCUUGUAUUUUAUCGCGGAAGGGCGCCUUUAGGGGAUAGAACGGACUGGGUAAUGCACGAAUAUCGACUCUGCGAUGAUGUAUCUCAAGGUUCAUCAAAUUUUCAGGGAGCUUUCGCUCUGUGCCGUGUGGUUAAGAGGAACGAGCAAGGACAAAAGACGGGCAAUUCAAAUGGAGAGCCUAAGGCAAAGAUGAUCAUUGGCAGCUCGAGCAACGGUGAUAUAAUCUCGAACGAGCACAUUCCUUGUCAAGCAAGUUAUCCAUGUAUUGAGAGUCAUCAUUCAAGCCCCAUUGCUUCUCCUUAUCAAAUCACACCAAUGUCUGAAUUCGAACCCUAUCCAACUGAUGGAAAUCAUUCGAGCCUUUGGGUUUCGCCUGAUUUUAUUCUCGAUUCUUCGAAGGAUUAUCCACAAGUAUCUGAAUAUUUUCCACAUUUCGAGUAUCCAGGUUCAAUGACACCAUGGCUACCAUACGAACAUACUGACUUCUCAUCGUACACGAAUUAUACCGGAGAAUUGAUCGAACCUGUCGAUGAUCAUCCGAGUCGUUCUGAUUACGUGUCACCUUACUCAUCAUCAGGACAUGGAAACUACAUGUGAUUGUGAUACAGUUAGGUAGUGUUAUGUAAGAAUUUGGAUCUCCAAGACAACGCCUUUUACAGUUUGUUCUUGGAAGGGGAAAAUAAGAGAGUAAAUUUAUCAAACAAAUUGUGCGUGUUAAGUGGAGCUGGUCCUGCUAUUAUAGGGACUCUUUAGUAUUGGGUUUUAUAUUCUAAAUUGUUAAGUUAGUAUGUUGUUUAUUUGGUUAAAUUGUAGACAAUGAUGAUGAUGAUCACUUUUAUAGAUUGCAUCAUUAAUUGGCUUUAUUUCUGUAUUGAACAGCCGUUUUUUAUGGCUUCUUAAUAUAAUUUUCUUGCAUUGUGUGAUCA